AUGCGCUUGGCGAUGUCGGCCCAGCGGUUGCCCACCGUGCGGUGGCAGUCCACAAAGCGCAGCUCCUCCUCCUCCCGCCAGGCCCCGCGCCGGAUGUUGGGGCGCAGGUGGUUGGCCCACCGUUCGCGGCACUGCUUCCCGGUCCGACCCUCGAAGGCGCGGGCGAUGGUGGACCAGGGGCCCUCGCCGUGCGCCUGA